AGAGUGUUGCUCCAAAACGUACAUUUGGCUGCGUGUUGUGCGUGAGCGUGUGGAAACGGUGCGGUGAUGGCGCGCAGUACGAUGUGAGCGGCUGGAUGAGGAGCAGACGUCGCACUGAGGCUACAGUGCUGAUGUCCUGUCACAGUAAUGGGGGCCGACGGCAGUAAAAGCAGGAAGAGGCCCUGUGAAGGGCAGGAGGAUGAGCACUUCUCAUCUGGAUGGCGUGGCUUCCUUUCCAGCAUGGGCCUGUCUAUCCCAGCAGGCCUCUGUCGCCUGGCCCCACCUGCACUGCGUCUGGGCCAGCGUCGAAUGCUCCAAGGCAAGGCCCCUGAGAUCCCAGAGCACGUCCUGAGGUUGGCCGGAGUCGGCCCCAGCAAGCUAAGAGCGGAGUGGAGCCUGCCAGGGUUUGUUGUUAUGUUCCUGCCUGAAUUCCCCCACAGAACUGUGCCUGGGCAUGAACACUUUCAGGUGCUGGGUUACAUCGCCAAAGGUUCAUUUGGACCCAUUCUGAAAGUGAAGGACAAGGUGAAACAGAAAACCUAUGCUGUCAAAGUUAUACCCAAAUCAGAGAUUCUUAGACUCGGAGUAUUGGAGCAGUCAAAAGAAGAAGUCAUAGUCCAGCGUCAGGUCCAUCACCCAUUUGUCCAUGACCUCCAGGACUGCUGGCAGACACAGCGCCACCUCUACAUUAUGUGCGACUACUGCAGCACCGGAGACCUGUACACCUACUGGCAGAUGAUUGGUCAGUUCACAGAGGGGACAGUACGAGUUUUUGCAGCCGAGUUGGGAUCUGCGCUCGGAUUUCUGCAUGAUUUUGGCGUCAUUCACAGAGAUGUGAAGAUGGAAAACAUCCUGCUAACAGACAACGGACACCUCCGUUUAGCUGACUUUGGUUUGUCCCGUCGCCUGGAGAGAGGAGGACGAGCCUUUACUAUUUGUGGAACCAUCCAAUACAUGGCCCCAGAGGUGCUGAGUGGUGGACCCUACAACCAUGCAGCUGAUUGGUGGUCGCUGGGAAUUCUGCUUUUCUCAUUGGUUACUGGGAAGUUCCCUGUGCCUCCAGAACCAGACCAUUGCAGUAUGCUGAGGAGAGUGAGGAGCUUUCCUUAUGAAAUGCCCCUCAGUUUCAGUUCCCCAUUUGCCUUGCUAAUAACUGAGCUUUUGUGCAAGACUCCCUGCCGCCGCCUGAGGACUCUCGAUCGUUUCCAACGGCAAACCUUCUUCCAUGGAACAACUUUUGACCUCGACCUGCUUCAGCGCCAGCCUGUUGAGGUGAUUCUGGAGCUGAGAGAGAGACCAGACCGAGCUGCCAAAGCUCGACGAGGCCUCACUUUGUCUCUGCAGCCUCUCAAAGGCUUCGACUACGACUUGCUCCUCAGCCCUCCCGCCACGCCGGACACACAGCUGGAUCCCGGCACACACACCCACAGCGCUGUACCUCUGCCCGGCCCAGCGCUCGCACUGCAGCCUGCUCAGGAAAAAGGUCCACGCAGAGAAGUGUUUGUGUGACGGACUUUGAGUUUACCGUACGGUUACUAACACACUUAAGGUGAAAGCCUACAUGUAUGUACUUCUGCACAGUUAUUCACCCUUACACACAGGUGUGGUGCGCCUUGUAAAAUGUCUUAUUUAGCAAAAGCCAAAAUAGCUGAUUUUAUUACAGCUGAGAAGGGAAUCAUGCAUUUGAGUAAAAAAAACAAACAAACACCUUUUUCCUCACAUGUUUUAGUGAGUUUUAUGCUUUUUUGUGAUGUACUGGACAUCGUUGUUUCUUUUACUUGUUUGCCUUUCUUCAUUGAGCACCUUUUCAAGCCUAUUUGCUCAACAGUUGUGCAAGAAAGAUUGCACUAUUGUUCAUCCACUGUCAAUUUUCUCAUGGCUGCCCUGUUUAUACAUAGUGCAUAAAUCCUAUCACAUUCACCCCACUUGGAAAAGUCAUGCAAGUUGAUCACAAUACACGGUAUUUCUUUAUCUUUUUGUUUCAACUAGGUAUUUGUGUCUCAGUAGGAAUCUAACCAAACCCUUCAGCAAAGUGAGUCAAUUUCUGAACUUCUGCCUUUUCUCAUGUUGCAUGAUUAUGAACCCAUUCUGGCAGAAGUGGACGAAAGAAGAACUUUGCCUCAUUUAAUGUUGUUUUUACUUUAACACUUACUGUGUACCUUUAUUCAUGCUGUGAUACAACCUUUCCCAUGCUUGCUCAGCUGCUUAAAAUCCAUAGCAGCAGAAACGUCUCUCCUCCUGUACUUUAUUAAACUCAAGCAAGUAUCACAACAUCAGAUUCAGAUGUGUAUGCCAUCAGUGUCUCAUUUCAUUUUAUCAUUUAUAACCUGUGACUCAGGGGAGCGCUCGCUGGUUUUCCCAUGCAGCCUUGAUUUUGACUCCAAGAUGGCGCCUGGCUCGACAGAACUGAGCCGGGACUGAGAGUUAAAUGAACAACAAAAUUGUUUACCUCCAGUUUUGAUAGAUACAGGGCUUUUUUUCUAUUGUCCAAGGCUGCCCUAACCUUAUUAAGUAAUCUCGCCCCCAUGCACUGAUCACCAGAUUAUAUAAUGAUUUUUGUAAAGUAUGCCCUGAUGUGUACCCAGAAUGCCUCACAUGUGUGAUCCUGAGCUUGCUUUUUUUUUUGGUCACAAAAUGCUUAUGUAUAUAUUCCUCUUUAUAAGGUUUAUAUGACUAUUUUGGAUGCUAUUUGAUGUUAUAUGUCAUGUUAUGAUGUAUUUUUGUAAUUUCCAUGUAGCACAGAUGGAAUAUUAAAACUCUUACUGUACAAGA